UGAAGGGGUCACUAAGAUAGCUGGGAAGGGGUGGUAGCUAGUGUGAAACAUAUCUUUCCUUCGCCACCCCGGGCGAAAGAUUUCUCUUCACUCUGUCGCGUUAUUUUGCCGAAAAUCGUCAUGAAUUGGCAAUAUUAUGUGUGAACCAUUGUAUAUUGCUAACAUCGCGUAGAAUUCUGCCCUGACUACGGUGUAUUUAGCGACAAAUUUGCUUAAAUUUGCUCUGUUCAGGAGGGAACGCCAUCAAACAACAUGGCUGACAACCAAGAAACCACCGAGGUAUUGUACGGCAAAUUGAUGCAUUAAUUACAAAUACUUGUUUUCUUUGGUCAGGUAUCCGGUAGUACGUAGCUUUACAUCUUUAUAUAUUGAUCACGACAUAGUGUGUUUCCAAGAUUGAACAUGGAUUUUCGAUUUUCGAAUCGUGUUGUCGGCUACAAAGUGAAACAACGGUGUCGGAUGUCGACUGUCUCCUUAUUAAUAUAAUGGCGCGAUCAUGAAGCUUCCGGUUGAUAAAAAUUCUGGGCCCAAUGUCCUACAAAAUUAAACAGCUGUGUCCUUUAAAAUUAGACGCGCUGUUGUUCGUUAUACACAGUGUUCUUCCGAGCAAGUAAUUCAAAUUCAUGUACUCGGUGCGCUUAAGUUGUGUUCCAUAUGACUUGUUUCAGCUGUUUUUAAUAUUAUCGCCCGAGGGGAGUUGUGAAGGGUGUUUUACCUUUUCAGAGAGGUUGAAGCUAAACAUUGAUGCCUUUAAUAGAAUAACGUCUUUAAUUUCUUACAGCAAUGUUUUUUUUUUAAAUAACAAGUGAGAAGACAGUUAUAAUCGUCAGUGCUGAAGAGAUUUAUUGUUUUUGUUGAAGCUAUAAAAACAUGGAAAUUAUGAUGAUCAUGAGACCGGGAUGGAAGGGUUCAAGGAUGUGGAUUAAAAGGCAAGCCUUUUUUUCCACACAAGGGAAAUUCUUUAAAUCAACCAGAGUAACAUGAGAAUUGUCACAGUCGGUAAUGAAUUCUGAUCUGUGGAAUUUUUCGGAAGAAUUUGUCAAAACAAAGGUAAUGUGGUCUGUUUCCCUGAUACCUAUCUGUCAUCACCUCUGCCAAUAGCAUCUCUUCGACAUAGUAUCAUUUGUCAUCAAUCUUAAAGAAGUGAGCUAUUGUUUUGACCUAUUUUGAACUUAGUUUUACUCUGGAAUUUGUAAAAAUAGUUUUUUUUAUUACUGUUGUAAAUAUUUCUUCCCAGGCUAAUCAGACUAACAUAACUCCUAGUGAGGACAAAUCAGGAUCUCAAAAUGCUCCUACAUCAGGUAAUUUUACUAUUUAUUUUUCAAUUUUUCAGAGUUAAUAUUUCAUUUAAUUACCACAGAGAAUAAUCAUAGUAAUAAUAAAAUUGUUAUUAUUAUUAUUAUUAUUUUCAUUUUAGAAAAUUGAUUUUGUGCUCAAAUCUCAAAGUUUUUGUUCAUGUUAUUUAAUAAUAUCAUGUUCACUUGUUCAGGUUUUUCAUGAAGCUAAAAUCUGAUCACCAGUUUUACAGUUUAGCAGGCCUAAAGGUCUGUAACUUUUCGAAUGCGAACAGUGUGCACAAAAGGUUUCUCCAGGUGUCCUUAGGAGAAACAGCUCUCAAAUUUUGCUUCCUAGAGCAAUUGUUUCUAUCUUUUAGUCUGUGAUUAGUUAGUGGAGAGGAAACGGGCAUCCUACCCUCUCACCUCCGGUACUGUGCAUUCCUGGUUCCCACCCCUUUUGACUUGCAAAAUAUUAACCUGUUGCAAAAAUUUCCCCCUAUUUCUCCCACUUCCUACCCUUUCCUCUUCCACCUCCUGUACCCCUCUUGCCCCCUAAUAUCAGGGGCUCCCACCCCCUCCCCCAUCCCUUCCCUCUAGUUAGAAGAUAACUGGCCGGAGCUCUUGCCCAGCGUCAAAAUCUACUUCUCCCAGUUGACCGUAUUGGACUUUUUUCAACCCCUGAAAUAUAUUCUGGGGUAGCCACUUAGAUUUAGAUAACUAUUUGAUAACUAAUACAUUAACUAUCAAUCCCGCUUGUCAAAAUGACUCUUAGGCUUCUACUAGACUGUUCACAGUCCCCUAUCUUUUCAUGAGAUCGUCGAGAUAUCGGCACAUCUUUCCGUUAAUAAAUGUUCAGAUCACCAUUAAUAAAUGUUCAGAUCAAUCAAUCAAUUGAUCUUUGCGUCCUACGGGCUGCAUUCCAUGAAUUAUUUUGCGUCUUUGGGGAUUUUUAUGUGUCAUGGAUGCAGGACGCAGACGUAACAGAAUCACUGCGUGCUAGCUACAGCUUGAAGGGCAAGUUGUAAAAUUGACUUUUCGGCACCUGUCUAUUUUAAGGUUACUGCUUGAAACAGCAGCUUGUGGAUUCAGGACUCAAAAUAACGGCCAGUCAAUGGACUAUGUGCUGCCACAAUGACCAUUUUGCAGACAAAUUUUCAGUUUUCCAGUCAUUUUGACUGGUCAAGUACAUAGCUUUCAAAUAAGUAACUAGAUUUAUUAGUUGAGCUUGCUUUACAUGUAGCAGGGAGACUCUAAAAAUGCAUGUGUUUCUUUCUUUCCUUUUUUUUUCUCGUGUGUGCACACUAAAGGGGGUCGUGUUCCCAGGUGUCCCUAGCGGAAACUGUGGAAACUGGGGAUAGAUAUCAUGACGUGACAUACAGUACAACAUAGAUUCAAGAGAUGUCAAGCUUUUCCAGAACUGGUUGGUCUAUGAAUUCUAUCGCUUGAAAGCAGGGCUGUGCUCUAGCAGAGCCCUGUGGCCCCUGGUGCCUAAUUUCUAAUAUUUUUCUCUUGGGCGACUAGAAAAUCUUACUUUCUUCAUACAGAUCAUAUGCUGGGCACCCUAGAUUUUACAGGUUCAGAGCUCUAGGCUGCCUUCAAUUUUCCUUAGAGCACAGCCCUGGACUGUGUUGUUUACUUUGGAACAAGUGAAUACUUCAGUGGUGAAUCUUUGUGAGUGAAACUUCAGCAAAACUACUGAUGGUGAUGCUAACUUGUCGGGUUUUGUAAACUUUCAUUGUGUGCAAAUGAGUCUUGUGAUGAGCAUGUGUUUUUUUUCCGGCGAUGAUUGAAUUAAUGACUCACCAUAUUCAUCACGUUUUUGCUCUUUGGCAAUGAUGUAAUUUCUUUGUAAUCAAGGCCCUUUAUUUUUGUGUAUUUGUACAUGCGUACUCCAACUCAGAACCAAAUCGUCAAAUACGAUGUAAAAAGGUAAAUAUGUGAAGAAUACUUGACUGUUGAUAAAGUAGGGCGUGAAAAACUUUUGCCAAGGAAAUCCUGUUUCAUGUACAAUGUUUUUGUAGAAUUAAUCGCCCUCUAAUUUCUUAUCUAAUCUCUAAGCAACAUGCUCAACCUAAUGCUUUUUUAAGAGUCUUCUUGUUCGCAUUAAUACUGGAAAUUACAAAAACAGUUAAAUCAUAAAAAUAUUUCAGCUGCUUGCAGUCACAAAUUCGGAGAAUGCAUGUACACAGUGAAAAUGGCAGAGAUAAUUAUAUGUAGCCUUAUUCUGCAGCUUUGUGUAUGCCACUUAGUAACAUUGUCAUUAGGGUUUGAUGUAGACUUCGAACAGUCUCUUAUUUUUCUUUGCAAAGUUAGUGCACUAGAGGUCCAAGCACACAAGCGGCGAAGCCAUGAGCUGUGAUAAACGAGGGCAUAAGCCUGAGAAGAAAAAAUAAGAUGGAGUUUUUGUUCACUACAAAAGAGUCUGUAUUCUCUCUUUUCUCAGCUGGUCCAUAUCCCUUAUUGUAACAUAACGUCUCGGUUUGCAGUCGUGCUAGCUGGGAUAAGAACUAGAUGGAAUUUAAGAGAAAAGAGACAGACUGCAAGCAGUCUAGGUUUGAUGAACAGUUUUUUUCAACAUUAAUGUAUCAAGUUUUUAUUAUUGUUGCACUGCAAACCCCGAGUUGUUGCAGCAUACUUGUACGAGGUGAUAUUUUGGUCUUGCUAUUACUUUGAAACAAGAGCCAUAAUUUCAACAUUUUUGACAGGUCAUAAACGAGCCAUGAGCGUGCUUAAAAUUAAUUUGUUUAGUGGGUUAAGAUGACCAACCACUGUCCAAAAAAUAUUUUGAGUCCUGGGAUUGGUGGCCAGUAUACUCAAGUCUGUUGGUAAAACUGAAUAAAAUUAUUUUUCUUCCUCUUUUAGAUGAUGAGGAGGAUGUUCACUACUGUGGUAGAUGCAAGUUGUCAUUCACAGAUCUCUCUGAUUACAUCAAACACAAAGCAAACAAAGUUUGCCGAGAUGCCAACAAGAGUACUCUUACAGAAGUUGUAAACAAGCUGCCUAUCAGUCCUAGCCCAUCCCCUGAGAAAUCCAAGCAAAAGAGCAGCACUAAUGCCACAGGCAGUCCUACUGCAAAUGCUGGUGAAAAGUCACAGGAAGAUGAGGAAAAAAGUGACUCAUCAUCGGAGAAAAGAGUUGAAGUCCAGUUUCUUGAGCCACUAGUGGCUGGGGGAAGUGAUAGUGGACGAUCAGCUGGUGAUGAAGAUGAUAGCAAGCCCAGUAAGUGUUAUUUUACUAAACAAUGUGUACAUGUAACUCCAAAAUAUUAUUGUAAUACUUUAUUUCCUCAAAAUAAGUGCCUGGUUGCGUAUUUCAAAUAGGCUCUUUGCAUGACUUGAUCAAGUGACCAACUUUCAGUAAACACGAAAACAGUUGAUUUUUUAAAAAUUUUGUUAGGACAAGCUGAAAGAGCAUAUUAAAAUUAGGUAACCUGAGAAUUUUCAGCCGUAUGCCUCAAAAGCAGCGAUUGCAACGGUCGCUGAAAGUUAGAAGCAUUUGUAUGAGAAAAACAACUUUUGCCACCCAGUCACACUUGCAUGGCUUUCCAUACAAAUCCUUGUGAAUUCUGAAAUUUUCAAACUGUCGUUAAAUCUUUCCUUUACGCAUUUAAGGGCUCAAAUUGCCAUUAUGAAUUAAAAGAAGAUUUGAGCCCUGUAAUGCUUAAGGAAAUAUUUCAUGACAGUUUUGAAAAUUUCGAAAUUACAAGGAUUUGUAUGGAAAACCGUGAAAGGAUGGGCACAUAUUUUAUAAAGGAGGUUUGUUAAUCAAGGGAGACACUUACUGUGUUUUCCUCUAAACCAACUAGACAAUGAUCUAGUUGUCCCUAGGAAGUUUACGGCAUUUACCAAGAGCACAUCAAUAGAACAAAAAUUAAAAGAGAAGAGAUGAUGCACAUAAAAGGACUCUGCAAGCACAUAAAUAAUUAUGAAGCGAAGAAACUACACAACAAAAGUAGAACCCCGGUAACUCAAACUCUAAAGGGAAAUGGAAAACAGUUCGAGUUAGUGGGGAAUUCAAGUUAUCGGAAGGAAAUUUAGUUUGAGUUAGCAGGGAAUUUAAGUUAUCGGAAGGAAAUUUAGUUUGAGUUAGCGGGGAAUUUAAGUUAUCGGAAGGAAAUUUAGUUUGAGUUAGCAGGGAAUUCGAGGUUCUACUGUAUUCUCCCUUACUCAUUCCACUGUAGUCGAAGCCUGAAAAGUGAAAUUAAAGUGGCAAUAGAAACUGGUUUUCCUUGCAUCCCUUCUAUUUAAGGAGGUGGUGGGAAGGGGAGCAGUGUUUUCUUUUUACCUCUGCAUCCUACCUUCCUGAUGCAUAAAAUUUCCCAAAAAUGCAAAUAAUUCAUGGCACGCGUCUCGUAGGACGCAAAGAUUUAUUGAUCUAUCUGAACAUGAGUUUUUGUAGAGUACCCUGUUUGUGUAAUUUCUGUGGUAGUUAUUAUGGCUGUUGUUUAACGAUGCAUAUUUCUUUUAGCCUUUGUUGUGCUUUAAAAUACGUGUAGAAAGACUAUAUUUUAGUUUCAGUAUACUGUUAUACAGCAUUUUGGAGUAACUGUCUGGUUACGUAAAGGCCCAAGCUUUUUCAAUUUUGGACGCGUUUUUUUUUUUUUUAUCUGGGACUCGUUGGUUCUGGUUCUGAACAGGGACUCAUGAUUUUUCACCAGAUGAGUCUCAGGAUGCACCAUAACUAUGAGUGAGGGGGCACUUAUUUGAUAUUAUGGCCUUGCAAUUGGGGAUGGGUGCUUAUUUGGGAGAGGGCGCUUAUUAGAGUACAUGUAUGGCCGAUUGUUUGAGGAAAUACUGUACGGUAUCCUUUGUGUCCACACCUUGACCUGUGAUGUGCAAGAACUGCCAAAGAAGUUUCGUUUGAAUGGUCACACCGUAGGAUUUUGCCCACAGACUGAAAAGUUAGAGCCGCCUAACAAGACUUCAUCUUUCCAUCUGGGAGUGAAGAGUGAAAGUGUUGAGAUCAUGAGGAGAGUAGGGGGUAUUUUUUUGUAUAAGUUCAGUUUAUCCUUGUUUUUAAAAAGCACCUUUACUCUCACAGGUAAACCAACCAAACGGCACAAGAGGAAAAAUUCGCAUCCUAAAACGACAAGAAAACGCAAAUCUUCUUCAUCUACACCAGGAUCCAGUCACGAAAAAACAAAAGAACCACGGAACAAGAAAUCUUCCAAACCAAAGGAUGAUACCAUCACUGUUCACAUUCCAGAAUCCCAGCUUGUCCAUCUUAAUUCAGGUUCAACUUCUUCUUCCUCUUCCUCUCCACCUGGGGUUGUUGUGCGCAAACAAGGUGCGACUAGUGUCUUUGUGCCUAUUUACCUCAAUUCUCCUUCCAAAGUUUACAGAUGUCAGCGAUGUCCCGCCGUAUUCAAGACUCUGGAUGAGAAAGAAGAACACAAUAAGAUGCACAAGAAGGAGUUUAAAUGCAAUUUGUGCUCCAAGAGUUUCUUCACCGCGACUGGAUAUGAGCAGCAUCGGUUGAACGAAUCACACUCCCAUCCGUGUGAUCAUUGUGGAAAGGUUUUUACCAGUGUAGUGCAGUUAAAGAAGCACAAGACGUCGCACUCAACAAACAGGCCAUAUGGCUGCGACCAAUGUGAAAAAGCUUUCUGCUCUCCGGCAAAUCUUAGGUCUCACAAGAGAACAGUACAUGCUACAGAAAAGAAUCAUAAGUGUCCUGAGUGUGGCAAAGCAUUUGCGCGCAAAGAUAAAAUGAAAAGGCAUUCGUUGAUUCACUAUCCUGAUACAAGACCCACUUUCACCUGUCCGUUUCGUAGCCACACGGGCUGCAUGAAGACAUUCUACCGUGAAGACAAGCUUAAGCGUCACCUGUUCACACACUCAAAGGACAAGCCUUUUAAGUGUGAACAGUGCAACAAGGGGUAUGCACGCCGGGAUAACUUAAACGAUCACAUGCGCAUCCACACUGGAAUCUACAGUCACGUUUGCCGGAUUUGCGAGAAAGGUUUCCUUGGUCCCCAUAAGCUGAAAAAACACAUGAGGUCUGCCCAUAAGCAUGUUGAUCCUGAUCAAGUGCAGACACGCCCGCCCCCUCCAACCAUGGUUCCUUUGGAUGAGAGCAGCCCAGCUCUCACUGCCGCUCGCAGAGAGAGGCCGGCACCCGCACAAGCUAAUGCCCCAGCUAAAGCCGGGCAAGGAGGAUCUUCGACCGACGAGGAAGCUGAAAGUGAGCUGUCAUCGCCGGAGCUGCCAUCAGAGGAUGAAAAUGAUGAAAGUUUUGAUGUUUCAGCGUCCGAUUCUGGAGAUGAGGGAACUUCUGAAGAAGUUAAAAGAGGCGCUCCAGUGUCCACCACUCCACAGCCGGUCCCUCCCCAGGCCACUGCAACGCUCACUCACACCCCAACCCCUACUCAUCAUGGCCCAAUGCCGCGUGUGCGCCCCGUCCCAAGAGUCAGUGCAGCCCCCCAGCCAUUCAUUCCUCCGCCUUUGCCACCAGGUCUGCAUGCCACUGCAGAACUGUUGGCAUUUUCUCAGGAGCUGUUUAACGUGGUUGGGAGAUUUCAAUCGUGACGUUUCGUGACUUUUAAAAGUGAAAACGUGGAAGAUUGUGCGCGGGUGAAACUGUUAUCAAGCAAAAUACAGCUUUGUAACAUUCUGUUCUAUUAAAAGUUGGAACUGUUCUCUUUGAAAGUCAAAAAUAAAAAGCGGCUCCUUCGCGUGGCGCUUUUUAUGAGAGAGAUGUGCAUCGCGCGGCGGUGAGUUAUGAGAGUAACCGUAUUCUCCGUCAGGGUUCGUACAGAUCAUGAAAUACCUGGAGAAUCAUGAAUGUUUAAUAAUUUCAUUUUGCAGGCAGUCAUGAAAGUUUCGUUUGUCAGAAUGACUACUGCAGGUGCCAAAGCAAGGAUGACGGCACGAUUUUUGGUGGAAGCCAGCGUUUGUGUCUGUUAAACGGAGUAAGUUAAAAAAAAAAUACCCUAAAAAAAAAAAAGGUUUUGACAAUUUUCGAAAGUGAUAGCCUGGAACUUGAAAAGGCCAUGGAAAAAAUCAUGGAAAGUCAUGGAAUUGAAAGAGCCCAAAAGAGUACGAACCCUGUCAGUUAAUAACAGCAUUUACUAAGAGAACAUUUUUCAUAACGAUUAGAAUUGUAAAAAUAUAGCGGUGAAUCAGUACAUUCUGUGUUGAUGGUAUAGUUUAUUCUGAUGUAGUACUUUGGUGUUCUGUGGUUUUUAUAAAGGGGUAUUAGAAUUUGAUUGGUAUAAACUGGUAAAUGGUUAGAUUAAUAUUUAUCCCAUGAUCACGGUAGUCACUGUAUUAAUCUCAAAGUAAUUUUUAAUAGAGAGUCUUAUGUAACUACAGCUCGAUUGCUUAUGGAUCAUCCUUAUUUUAAGUUCUCAAAAAUAAUUUGAUGAGAAAUCUGGAAAUAAAAUACAGUAGAAGUUUGAAGG